UUGUCUUUCAGUCUUAUGUACCAUCUCAGUUUUGCUCUAUUGCAAAUGGUAGAAAGUUUCAGUAAUUCUACCCAUGAUCAGGGCUCAAGAAGAAAAGAAAGCUCAUUUUUGUUGUAGAUGAGCUAAAAUAUUUGGAACAUUUUUGUUGUAGAUUAGGUGCCUGUUAAAAGUCCCAUGAGAACCAAAACAAACCUCUCCUUGCAGGUUCUUCCAAAGUUCCAAUUACAAGAGGAAGUGCUGCUUGUUGAAAUACCAAAGCCGAAGGGCAUAGUACUACUUUAAAAAACAAGCUCUCAUUCUUCUCUGAAGUUCAUGACCGAGUAAAAACCUGGCAUUGGGGUUAGAUGUGAAACAGCGACUCAAACGAGUUGCAAAUGGCAGAAACAAUUGCACUUGUUUCCAGCGUUUUUGGUUGCCUAACCGUAGCUGUAACUCUGGUGGCACCCUGUUUUCGUGUACCCCUUACGGAAAAAUAUGAUUUCUUCAGGAAACGAGAAAAAAAGCUUCGUGCUCUGUUACUUAAACUGAAUGAGCUGGAACAGAAAAGGAGUAAGGUAGAUCAGGAAUCUAAGGAGAAGGUGGUGCGUAAGUUUGUGAGAAGUUCUGAGUGGUUGCAAGAGACACAGAAUAUUAUCAAGGAAGCUGCUGCAUGGAAGUUUGAGGAGAGUAUACAUAAGAAGUAUUGCUGUGGUCUACCCAACUAUAGGUCACAGUAUAAAGCUGGAAAACAAAUUUCUGAAAGAAUUGACCGGUUGGUUGAACUAAUAACCGAAGGCGAAAAAUUCAUUAAUAUGCAGGGGUCUGAUGUGGUUGGGAAAAUGAUACGCGGAAGCAAGCUCAUGGGGGAGACGGCAAAUGCUACAGUUGAAGAGAUAAAGAAGUGUGUAUCAGGAGAAGAGGUUGGGACGAUACGUGUUUAUGGAAUGGCUGGUUUAGGCAAGUCGAAUAUUGUAUCGCAAGUUAAUGACCUGAUAUUACAUGAGGAGGAAGAUGAUGAUAACAGCACAGGAAAUGGCCAUUUUGAUAAGGUUCUUUUUGUGACUGUAAAGAAUGAGCUCGGAUCAACCAAAGCAUCCGUUGAGGAUCUGCAGAAGCAGAUUGCAGAUAAAUUACAAAUUGAUCUUCACAAGGAAAAUGGAAGUAGUGCAGAUGAUGCAUUGGCAAGUGCCUUGGCCAAGUUAAGAUUUCUGAUCAUUUUGGAUGAUAUGCAGACAGAACUCUCUUUUGAGGCAAUCGGCAUUCCAAGGCCAAACAAAGAGAAUCGCUGCAAGGUUAUAAUUGUAUCCAGAUCACUUCCGGUGUGCAGCGACAUCCACGUUGAUAAAAAGUUUGAGAUCAAACCUUUAUCUGCUGCAGAGGCACAAGAACUGUUUGAGAGUGAAGCUGGAAUUAAAUUUUCAAAUCUAGGGGAGGAUACUCGAGCCAUUGCAAAGGAGAUGAUAGAUGAAUGUGAUGGUUUUCCCAUCACAAUUAUCUUGCUGGCACGAAACUUGAAAGAAUUGAUGACCAAUGAUUCUGAUGAUGUUGAUAAAGUAUGGAAGACAGCUUUGACUAAGCUGAAGGAUUCUCCAGUUCGUUUAGAAAGCAUGACUAAGAGGGCAUUUACUCGUUUGAAGCAUAUUUAUGACAUGUUGAGUAAAGAAGCUCAGCAAUGUUUCCUCUAUUGUGCAUUGUACCCGUCUGGCCAUGAAAUUGAAAAAAGAGAGUUGGUGGAGUAUUGGUUUUGGGAGGGUUUAUUAGAUACCAGAAAGAGAGAUGGAAGGAUAGAAGAUAUGAUACAAGCAAAAGAGAUCCUCGAUGAGCUCGCAACAUCUUACCUUCUGGAAACAGUCAGUCAAGAAGGGGGCAAAGAAUCCAUUAAGAUGCGCAGCUUAGCUAAGCAUAUGGCAAUCCACCUGACCAAAACAAGCCCUCAGUUUCUCACCAAAGCUGGAGAAGAGCUAGAAAUGUUUCCUUUGCAAGGGGAGUGGCUUCAAGAUGUUGAGAGAGCCUCAUUGAUGAGAAACCAGUUUAAGUUUCUUCAGGGAGAACCCAAAUGGCCCAAGCUAACCACAUUACUUCUGCAGCAUAACCCCAUAGGUUUAUACUUGCAUGAGAAUUUCUUUUGUAGUAUGCCUAAUCUCAAUGUUCUUGACCUUUCUUACACUGAUAUCACUUCCCUUCCACAGUCAUCUUUUUCUAAAUUGACAAAACUGAGUGCACUUCUCUUGCAUCAUUGUCGCAACCUAAAAACUGUACCUUCUUUGGAACAGUCCAAGAAACUCCUUGUUCUUGACCUUUCUGAUACUCCUGUAGCAGAAUUACCAGCCGGGAUGAAGAAAAUGACCAAACUUAUUCGCCUAAACAUAUCUCGCACCAAUGUGAAGAUAUUUCCAUCUAAGUUAGCACCUGCAUUAGCACAUCUGGAAGAACUGUUGAUGCUAAUUAAUGACUCAGGUUUUUAUUGGGGAUCAACCAAGGGAGCACAUAUCAGCGAGCUGAGCUCCUGCCAAAAUUUAGCUAUUCUCCAUGCCAACUUCCUAAAUGCAGAAACAUUUGUUAGCUAUGUUGAUAAGCAUCUUUGUCCGCCCAGUUUCAGGUUCGGUGUGGGUGGCUCUUGUGAAGAAAAGUUACUUGAAAACAGCAUAGUUUUCAAGGGUAACUUCCUUGUGAAUGGAGAACCAGUCUCACUCCCAGAACACACAUCCGGACUGCAUGUCAUAAGCAAUGAGGAUCUACCUUGCUUGCAAGUUAAUUGUCAUCUAAAGAACCUGAAGGUCAUUAACAUUUGUGACUGCAGAUGUUUGGUCCAUUUAUUCACCAUUGACAUGUUGGGGAAUCUUCCAAACCUUGAAACCAUUUUAGUCGAGAAAUGUCCAAAGAUCGUGAGCUUGAUAGAGCCAGAAGAAUCUGAUGACAUGAUUAAACCUCGUCUGAAACACCUAAAGGUCAUCCGUAUCUCUGACUGCGAAAGUUUGGUCUACUUAUUCAACAAUGAGAUGCUGCAAUACUUCCCGGAGCUCCUAGAGAUCUCCAUCAAACGAUGCCAGAUGAUAGAAGUUGUAAUAGAGUCACAAGAGCCAAAUGUCUACCCUGCAAUUCUUCCAAAGUUACAGGAGUUAGUAUUGGUUGAUUUGCAAGAAUUAAAAUGCAUCUAUAAUGGAGAAAUGAAGUGGAACUCUCGCGAAACAAUUUGGAACUGUCCAGCUCUAAAGAUGCCAAUGAUAACUUCUCUGCCUGCAGAACUGCUUCACAGGCCAAGUGGGAGCAAUCAACUACAAAGGAGUUAUAGCUUAGAUGGCAAGGAGACUAUACUGCUGGACUCGAUUAAUAUCAAUGCAGCGGAAGCUCCUGAAUCCGUUGGACCCAAAUUUCGUAAUGCUGCAAAGGGAUGGAGGAGGAACUAACUAUUGAAAUCAGAGAGGAACUAACUAUUGAAAUCAGCCAUGACUACUCUUUUCAAACUCUUUUAGUGGUUGUACUAAUAAUACAGGACUGAACUCUUAGAGAGCUUUAUUUCCUGGUUGAACUUGAAAUAGAGUCUUUGCUUUCCGAAUUGGUUAUUAAUAAUUUGUACUGCAUUAUGAUUUAUUCUAAUGGUGGAGUAUAAGUCUAUU